AGAGGGCACUCUGUUGUCAUCAUCAGCGUAGACGCAGUAUCUCUAGUGUUGGUUUUGUCAAAUAUUUUUUUACAACCAUAAUCUCAUUGUUCUAUUUGUUGUCCUCCAAUACAUCCAGUAAAUGGCACAAAAAUCUGCCAGACGGUUUGUGAGAACAUUUUGGAUCAAUAGAGGUAGAAAUUGUUCUGACCCCCCUUCUCUGGGGGUUGUGCUUUGAGUCUUUGGAGGACCGACCCGGAGUGUUCAACAACACAGCAGGGACAAUAGUCAGCAAAGAGAAUGUGUUGAGAAAAGCCAGAGGAAUUAAGUCACAUUAUACGUUAGCCGUCUCACAUUCGUAACAGAAAUCCCACCAGCUGACAUGGAAAGUAGAUAAUACAUCGUUUCUUCUGCGUAAAAUACUUCUCCUCGAGGCAGCAUUUUGAUGCCUCGGUAGAGGAUUGCAAGAGCGUUGGACUUACACUCAUUAUCAGGGAACAGAAAAGGCUGUUGGAAUAAGUCACUUGCCCACACACAUGAGUGCUGUGUUCCCCUUGCGCUGGGCUGAGCGCCAUGCCUGACCGGGACAGCGCCUACCUCUCAGGCGGUUGCAGCAGCGGUGGGUUGGGUACUAGUGUGGGCGAGGAAGGCGUGCCGGGGUCUGGUUUAGGAGGGGGCACAGGAGAGGGCCGAGGGGGAUCAGUGGGAGGUGGAGGCAGUGGCUCUGGUUCUGGGGGCAUGGGUGGAGUAGGGGCCCUGGGAAAUGGGAACAACUGUGGGGGAGGUGGAGCAGGGGGCCCGGGGUCGGGACCGGCCCCAGAUGGGGUCUGCAGGGACUUUCUGAGGAACGUGUGUAAGAGGGGCAAACGCUGCCGCUUCAAACACCCAGACUUCAAUGAGGUGCCGGACCUCGGGGUGCAGAAGAAUGAGUUUGUAUUCUGCCACGACUACCAGAACAAGGAGUGCGUCCGAUCCAACUGCCGCUUCGUCCACGGCUCCAAGGAGGAUGAGGACUACUAUAAGAAGUCAGGGGAGUUGCCCCUCAGGCUGAGGGGGAAAGUGGCGGCAGGACUGGGCCUGUCCCCGAUGGACCUCCCACACAGCCGAGGGGAGGUCCCCAUCUGCAGGGACUUCCUAAAGGGAGAAUGCCAGCGGGGCAACAAGUGCAAGUUCCGCCACGUCAAGAAGGACUAUGAGUAUGAGCAAGCCAGGGUGGGUGCCGGGGUGGUGAUGGGCCCGGGGUCCAGUGGGAUGGUGAACACAGGCGGGGGGGUAGGAGGUGGGGUGGGUGCUUGUGGGGGCAUGGCCGGACUGGUUGGGGGUGGGGGUAACAUGAUGGGGAUGGGCUGUCCCAGCCUGGGAGGCUGCAGAGAUCCAGGUAUAUCAGGGGUGGGGGGAGUAGGGGUAGGUGGGAUGGGGGGUUGCCUCUCCAUGGCCUCAGGACAGCGUCGUUUUGACAGGGGACCUUGCUCGGUGUACGACUCCUUGUUUGAGAGUGGUCUGUAUGAGACGGGGCCCCUGGAGUCCCCUUUGGACCACACAAUGCUGCAGCUGAAGAGACGCAGGCUGGAGGGGCUCCGGCUGGACGGGAACGGAGGGGGGCACUAUGAGCUGGGGAUGCAGGCGGCCCUCCCGCCUCGGCCCCUGGAGUACAGAUUUCUGGAGGAGGAGAACGCCCUGCUGAGGAGGAGAGUGGAGGAAUUGAAGAAACAGGUGUCUAACCUCAUGGCCACUAACGAGGUGCUGCUGGAACAGAAUGCCCAGUUCCGGAGCCAGACUAAGGUGUCGGUGAUGACCCUGUCCUCCACCCCAGCCCCCUCUGAGCAGACCUUGGCUCCCCCUGUGGGUGCGGUCAGUUCCUACAACCACAGCAUCGCCCAGACCCAUACCACCCUGAGCAGCGCCGGGCUGCAGCCUCGUACCGUCACCCUCACCCAACAGGACCUAGUGGCCCCCACUGGUGCCCCUACAGUACCCCCAUCCAACACCGCCCCACCCAGUGCUCCCCUGCCCCACCUCAACCCAGAGAUCACCCCGCUCUCGGCCGCCCUGGCUCAGACCAUCGUCCAGGGCAUGGUGCCUCCUGUUUCCAUGGCACCUGUGACUGUUUCUGUGGCACCGGUGGCUGUAUCCAUGGCACAGCCUCUACCUUGCAUCACUAUAAGCCACGCCACCACCCCAAUGGUGUCCUACCCUAUUGCCAGCCAGAGCAUGAGGAUCACCACCAUACCUCACUGAUGCAAACUCUGUAGAACUCUCCCAUGGAACUAGAGAUGGGGAUGGUAUGCAGAAUGCAUCUUUCAAGUUUCAAUUGACCCACAGCAGCUGACUGACUCCGCCACACACACCCUGCUCUGUGGCAGCGUUACAAAGUCAGGUGGUCCUCUGAGGUGACCUCCGACCUUGUUAAAGGUUGGUGUGCCACACGGCCUUCUUCAAACACAGGCAGCAAAAAUAACGACAAACUGAAGAUAUGUCAGUCAUGGCGAUAUUCAGUUUUCACACAUUUGACUGAUGUCUUGAUUACCAGGGGAUUGUGACAUUUCAGUUAGCUUCUGUUAUUUUUGUUUGUGGAUUUUUAAUGUGUAAUGUUGAAAUUUUACAUUGCACACAUUUAAUGGAAUAACAACCACAAGAAAAUGCAUCUCCUGUUGUUUUAUUGCUAAUUAAUUAAGUUAUCCAGAGUAAUGUUAUUGUGUGAGGAUAUGGUUAUUGACUGACACACCAUCAGAUACAUUUUUCAGUGCUUGAUGCAUUGGUAUCUUUACCCUUUACCCUAGAUUUAAUGCUCAAGCCUAAACUCAGCUGAGAGCCUACAAACAAACGCAAGUCAAUAGGUAAGCUUGGAAAAGAAACACCUUUGAUAAACAUGUUAUGGAUCAUUUCCAAAUGUACAUGUCAACAUGUUAUGCAGUCAGAUGAUUGUGUGAACCGAUGGCCUCGGGUAGAUACUUAAGAUACUAACAUACUGUAAAAUAAAAUAUAUACACCCCAAA